CGCGAUUUGUACGGAGCCAAUCAGCGACGCUUCAGGCCCAUUCACAAAAAACGGCGGGGCCUGCCUGACAUUCCUUCCGGGUUGUGGCAGACAGAAGCAGUGAAGAUUCCUGAGUUCCCUGCUGAGCACGAGGACGAUGCAGACUGAAUCCCUCUUACACAGCGGCUACUCGCACCCUCUGCUCCGUGCCUGGCAGACCUGCACUGCCACCUUCAAUGCAAACAACCUCAUCUACCCCAUCUUUGUAACUGAUGAUGCCAAUGCGGACGAACCUAUCGCCAGCCUCCCAGGACAGGCCAGAUAUGGUGUCAACAAACUGGAAGAGAAGCUGAGGCCCCUGCUGAACGAUGGCCUUGGUUGUGUGUUGAUCUUUGGAGUUCCAACUAAACUCGCUAAGGAUGAGAGGGGAUCUGGAGCUGACUUGGAGGAUACACCAGUCAUCCUGGCCAUUAAAAAGCUGCGGAAGAUGUUCCCAACAUUGGUAAUUGCCUGUGACGUCUGCCUCUGUCCGUACACUUCCCACGGGCACUGUGGAAUACUCCGGAAGGAUGAGACAUUGAAUAAUGAAGCAAGCUGCCAGAGGCUGGCAGAGGUGGCACUGGCCUAUGCCAAGGCAGGAUGCCAUAUUGUAGCUCCGUCAGAUAUGAUGGAUGGCAGAGUUGGAACAAUAAAACAGGCUCUGAUUGCCAAUGAUUUGGGAAACAAGGUUGCAUUGAUGAGCUACAGCGCAAAGUUUGCUUCAUGUUUUUAUGGACCUUUCCGUGAUGCUGCCCAAUCAAAACCAGCCUUUGGAGAUCGGAGGUGUUACCAGUUGCCACCAGGUGCCAGGGGACUGGCGAUCCGAGCUGUGGACCGUGAUGUGCGUGAGGGAGCAGAUAUGCUGAUGGUCAAACCAGGAAUGCCGUACCUGGACAUCGUCCGAGAGGUGAAAAACAAACACCCCUCAUAUCCGCUAGCAAUUUACCACGUCUCAGGGGAGUUUGCGAUGCUGUGGCAUGGGUCACAGGCUGGAGCAUUUGACCUUAGGACAGCUGUCAUGGAGGCUCUGACCAGCUUCAGGAGGGCAGGUGCUGAUAUCAUCAUCACGUACUAUGUGCCACAGAUCUUGAAAUGGCUGAAGGAUAUUUAAUGCUGCCUCCACUGGAAUACAAAAUAUACAGGGUUAAGUUUUAAAUUAUUCCCGCAGAUUGCUUUCUCCUGUUCAUGUAUGCCAUGUCUCCCAUUCACCCCUCUCCCAUGCAACAUUCCUGUUCACCUGCUCCUUCCUUUUCUGUUCUUGUCUACUAUCACAGCUGAUAUUAUACCAAAAACAUGCUUUUAAACCCAUACUCUUGUGCUAGACCAAAAAUGGAUUUUUACAGAAAUGUUUAGCAUCUUUUCUGAUGUUUAGUUGCAUAAUGUGUGUGAAUUGAAGAGAAAGUCAAUGAAGUGAGCUGUAAGUGGUUUAAAGACUGUUCAGCUGAUUACUUAGUUGAUUGACUGUAUUUCUGUUCAAGUGUCUGAUUUUUUAAAUAUUGGAUCUGUUGUGCAUUGCAAGCACACAGAGCAUCAGGGAUCUUAAACUAAAUAAAUUGACAGAAUUUGUGAAUAAAUCAUGUGACAAGGAUUUUAUUGUAACUGCUGUUGCCAUGUGCCUUUGAUGCGUUCUGACAUGCAUUACCAAUAUUAACUAUAAUUGAAAUGUGAAACCCUGUGAAUAAUCGCAAAUUAAAUAGUAUUUUCUGUUUUAAUAAAACUAAUUAAAAAUCUGAAUACUAUUCAAUCUG